AUGCUCUUUCUACAACUUCCGCAGCAGAAGACUUCAAGAGCCCUGGGCAAAUGGAGAGUUGAGGGCGCGGUUUCAUUCUGUGAUGGCUCCACUAGUGAAGGAAGGGUGGUGAAAGGCAAUGGAGUGGGAUAUUUGGAAACUAUGACGAGUGACCCUGCCAUUGAAGGCUCGUCGGUCGAUCCUCCACCACCCCUGCCCCAACAAGAUAGUCCUACUCACCAGACCACUACAGGGAGACCUAGAUGA